AUGGCCUCCAAUAACUGGUCUGUCGAGCGUUUGAUGGAAGAGCUCUACCGUGCACAGUGCAUCAACGCUUCCGGAAAGGAUUUCCUCCCAGCUGGAGCUCUCAAAGAAGUGAUCACACCCGAAGUCGUCCGCUCAGCGCUGCAGGGGUCGCAAGCAGACGUCCAGUUAUGUGAAUAUGCGGAGAAGAUAUGUGGCUCGUAUCGCAAGAUAUUCGCCAUAUUGGUGUUGGUUGACAUGGUACACCGCAUACCGGACUUCAUGCGUUGUGACCUCGAUGACACGUGCCUCCCUAUGCCAGAUACUGGAAUGAGAAACGGGGAGGCCCUACCGACGCCACUCUUGGAGGACGAGGCCUGGAUGACAGUCACCAGAACGUGGCGAAGGAGAGACAUCGAUCAGUUUAAAACUUAUCAGUGGCGUGUGCUGGCGCCUGCAUUCACUGCUCAGGAUCCAGAAUACAGGUUAUGUCCGAGUCACGUCCUUCCGUUUGUGGAGAGCCAUGAACAAGCCGAAGGCGCUUUCGGCACGGUAUACAGAGUUAGAAUCCACCCGGAUCAUCAUGACUUUGGGAAUCUUGGGAUGAAUACUCAAGACUCCAUGUUUGCUGUGAAGGAGAUUCGAAAAGAGCGUCACCACGACUACUACGAUGCUGAGGUCCGCAUUCUCAGGCGAUUAAGAGAUUUUAGUUUCGGCCACAUCAUCCCGCUCCUAGCCUCGUAUGAAAUCCGGAGUGAGCAUGACGACUUCUCCUCUCGCCGCUAUCUGAUCUUCCCCUGGGCCUCCGGAGAUCUGGACGCCUUCUACAGACGGAAUGAAGUGUUUCCUGACAGAACACAGAUGAUACUAUGGAUGGCAGAGCAAUCAUCUGGACUGGCAAACGCUCUCUGUCAGAUCCACGGAGGCAAUGAGGACCCCAGCCCAGGUAGCCCAACAAACGCAAGUAUAGCCAGCGAGGCGAGCCCAUUCGCACCGGACUCAGCCCGCAUGUAUGGACGGCAUGGCGAUAUCAAGCCAUCCAACAUCCUCUGGUUCGACGAGGCUUCUACUGAGACAGCCAACGGCAUUGGACGACUCGUACUGUCUGACUUUGGGCUGGCUCAUUACCAUCGACGGAAUUCACGAUCCAAUGUAACGUCAGAAGCAGUGGCCAGGUCCGCCACCUACCGGGCCCCAGAGUUCGACAUGGGAAUGAAGCUCUCGCGAAAGAUUGAUAUCUGGUCUUUGGGCUGUCUCUUCUUGGAGAUGCUCACAUGGCUUCUCAGAGGGUACAAAGUUAUGCAUGAUGAUUUCUCCCAGUCUCGACUGGAGGAGUCCUCGGAUUUGAGCCACUUCUUCGAAGAUACCUUCUUCCGGAUCGUACCUGAGGACGGUAGACGCACAGCUGUUGUCAAGCGCAGUGUCAAAGCCUGGAUCAUGAAUCUCCUGGACAAUCCUUGCUGCAGUCUUUACACAAGGGACUUUUUGACGAUGAUCGAACAUCACAUGAUUGUUGUCGAUGUGAAUGACAGAAUUUCCGCGGCAGAAUUGUCGCAAAUGUUGCGAGAUAUGUAUUCUCGUUGCACCGAAGACGUUUCGUAUUAUCGGGAAGGUAUGAUGGGACUGUCAUCUGUUCCCCUUCGUCUGCUGCCUUUAUCUCAACCUACAGCCGUUGGUGGGCCGACGUUAUUGGCACCAGCCUCCACGAUAGAUGCCGCCGCCGCGUCAGAACCUGUCCAAGAAGCCGCCGCCGCUCAUCUUAAGCCUGCGGACAGGAUGAUCAUUGGCCCCUCAUCUGGUACCUUCUCUCAGAAAUUCAGACGCUCUGCCGGCAGAAUGAGCCUGCUUGGAUGGCCUUUCCGUCUGGCGAAGGACAAGUCGCAGGGGACAGGGCAAGCAGACAAACCGGCAGCUUCUGGCCCUUGA